AUGGAGGCCUCGCUGACAGCCCGGGACCGUGUGGGCAUCCAGGAUUUUGUUCUCUUGGACCCCUACACGAGUGAGACUGCCUUCCUGGAGAACCUGAAGAAACGCUUUCAUGAGAAUCUCAUUUAUACCUACAUUGGAACUCUCUUGGUGUCGGUCAACCCGUAUAAAGACUUCGAUAUCUACAGCAAGAAGCAAAUGGACAUUUACAUGGGCGUAAACUUCUUUGAGCUGCCACCUCAUAUUUAUGCACUGGCAGACAACGUCUUCCGCACCAUGCUGUCUGAGUUCAACAACCACUUCAUCCUGAUCUCGGGGGAGAGCGGGGCCGGCAAAACUGAGGCCUCAAAGAAAAUCCUGCAAUUCUACGCAGUCAGCUGUCCGAGCACCAAACUCCUGAACAACGUCCGGGACAGGCUGCUGCUCUCCAACCCAGUUCUCGAGGCUUUCGGAAAUGCCAAAACCCUGAAGAAUGACAACUCAAGCCGCUUUGGGAAAUACAUGGACAUCCAGUUCGACCACCAGGGUGGUGCAGUCGGUGGUCACGUCCUCAGUUACCUGCUUGAGAAGUCACGUGUUGUCCACCAGAACCACGGAGAGAGAAACUUCCACAUCUUCUAUCAGCUGGUGGAGGGAGGAGAGGAAGAUCUGCUGCGCUGGCUCGGCCUGGAAAGAAACUGCCAGCACUACAGGUACCUGGUGCAGGGUGAUUGUGCCAAAGUCAGCUCUAUCAAUGAUAAAAGUGACUGGAGGACGGUUCGAAAAGCCCUCUCUGUCAUUGAGUUCAGCGAGAAUGAUAUUGAGCAGCUGUUUGGAAUAAUUGCUAGUGUGCUCCAUCUGGGAAACAUCAAGUUUGAAGCGAAUGAACGAGGAUACGCCUCUCUCAACAACAACAACCAGGAGAUGAACUGGGUGUCAAAGUUGCUGGGGAUUCCUACUCAGGUGCUACAACAGGGCCUAACCCACAGGAAGAUCGAAGCCAAAGCAGAGGAGGUGUUCAGUCCCUUCUCUGUGGACCAUGCAGUGUAUGCCAGGGAUGCCCUCGCCAAAGCCAUCUAUGGCCGCACUUUCAACUGGCUGGUCAACAAGAUCAAUGAGUCUUUAGUUAACAAGGAUUCCUCCAGGAAAACAGUAAUUGGUCUUUUGGACAUCUAUGGUUUUGAGGUUUUCAACGUGAACAGCUUUGAGCAGUUUUGCAUCAACUACUGCAACGAGAAGCUGCAGCAGCUUUUCAUCCAGCUGACCCUCAAGUCAGAGCAGGAGGAGUAUGAGAUGGAGGGGAUUGAAUGGGAAUCAGUACCAUUUUUCAACAACAAGAUCAUCUGUGAUCUUGUGGAGGAGAAACACAGAGGCAUCAUCUCUCUAUUGGACGAGGAAUGUCUGCGUCCUGGAGAGGCCACAGAUCUCACCUUCCUGGAGAAGAUGGAGGAGAAGAUCGCUGGUCAUCCUCAUUUUGUCACACAUAAACUUGCCGACCAGAAGACGAGGAAAACCCUGGACAGAGGAGACUUCCGCCUCCUGCACUACGCUGGGGAGGUGACAUACUGUGUUGUUGGAUUCUUGGACAAAAACAAUGAUCUCUUGUAUCGAAAUGGGAAAGAGGUCAUGCGACAGUCCAAAAAUGCUAUCAUCAAACUCUGUUUUCCUUCAACUGAGCCGGACAGCAAGAGGAGACCUGAAACUGUGGUGACUCAGUUUAAGAGCAGCCUGGUGGGCUUGACUGAGAUCCUCAUGUCCAAAGAGCCCUGGUACGUCCGCUGCAUUAAACCCAAUGAAGCCAAGCAGCCAGGACGCUUUGAUGACGUGUUGGUGAGACAUCAGGUGAAGUACCUCGGGCUGAUGGAGCACCUGAGGGUCAGGCGUGCCGGGUUUGCCUACCGACGCAAAUACGAGAUCUUCCUCCAGAGAUAUAAGGCUCUGUGUCCGGACACCUGGCCAAACUGGAAAGGUACGGCAGCAGAAGGAGUGCACUGCCUGGUCAAACACAUGGGCUACACACCUGAUGAGUACAAGAUGGGCAGGACAAAGAUUUUCAUCCGACACCCGAAAACUCUGUUUGCAACAGAAGACGCCUUUCAGGUCUGCAAACACAGGCUGGCAACAAGGAUUCAGGCCAAGUACAAAGGCUACAGAGUGAAGGGGGACUACCUGAGACAGAGAGAGGCUGCCACUAAGAUUGAGACCUGCUGGAGAGGAAUGCUAGCCAGAAAGGAGCGGGACAAGAGGUCAUGGGCUGUUAAAGUCAUUCAAAAGUUCAUUAAAGGUUUCAUGACAAGAAAUCAGGCCGUUUCCGUUGACAACAUUGAGUACCUGGCGUAUGUGCGCCAGAACUACCUCACACGGCUGAAGGACAACCUUCCCAAAACAGUCUUGGAAAAAGACUCUUGGCUCACCUCUCCGCCUAUAAUGCAGGAGGCUGCUCAGCUGUUGAAGAAGCUGUACAUUCGCCUCAUGGUACGGAAGUACGUUCGAGGGAUCACUCCACAGAGGAAAGCACAGCUUCUGUUAAAAGCACAGACAAGCUCCAUGUUCAAAGGAAAAAAAGAAAGCUACCCCUCCAGUGUGGGCAGACCAUUCAUGGAUACCAGGAUAGGUGCAGAGGACAUGAGCAUUAAAGUGCUUCAGAUGAUUCGGCACGAGCAAAUCAAGUACAGCGUGCCGGUGGUGAAGUACGACAGGAACGGGUUCAGGCCUCGUUUCCGGCAGCUCAUCCUCACCAAGGAAGCCGCCUACCUGGUGGAGGAGACCAAGAUCAAGCAGCGGAUGGAUUACAUCUCUCUGAAAGGUGUGUCCGUCAGCAACCUGAGUGACAACUUCCUGAUCCUGCAUGUUGCAUGUGAUGACAUGAAGCAAAAGGGGGAUCUGGUUCUGCAGAGCGACUACCUGUUUGAGGCCCUGACCAAGCUCAGUCUUAUUGCCAACAAGCAGAACUCCAUCAAAGUGGUCCAGGACAGUGUGCGUUUUGACAUCCAGCCUGGCAGAGAGGGGUUUGUGGACUUCAAGAGUGGCCAGGAGUCCAUGGUGUACAGGGCGAAGAACGGACACUUGAUGGUGGAGUCUACAAAAACCAAGUCCAGAUGAUGCUGCCAGUAAUAUGCGAUGACGUUGGUGCAAAUCUUUAGUAACAGCCGAGUUUGUUCUGUAAUCCCUCUCCAUGGUUGUUGCCAAUUGUGUUUCAUGUCAGCUGGUUUUUACUUUUUGCAUCUUUAUGACAAUGUUAUCCAAUCAUGUAAAUGCAAAUAUUACACUGCCAAUAUCCAAGUUGUAGAGAGCAGAACCCAAGCUAAUAGUAGAGCCUAUAUUCAUUUCUUAAGAGUAGAGUUUAAAGUAUCUUUAAGUGAACAAACUGAUCCCUGCGAAAAAAUCAUGGAAAUCAACCAUCCUUAAUGAAUAGAAGCACUUGUUUGUAAUCUUUCUUUGUAUUAAAUGUAUCGGAAAUUAUCAUAGAAGAAAAUUACUUA